CCCAGUUGGCAGGUCGCCCCCGGGUGCGCCGCCGAGCGCCUCCUUGCUCGCGCCCGCAGCGCUUCUCGCUCUCCGGAGCCCCGCCGAGGGGCAGGGGCCGGCGCCCUCGCUGCGUGGCCGCGGGCUCCGGCCUGGUCGUGGGAUGUUAGCGGUGGGGGCGAUGGAGGGCCCCCGGCAGAGCGCGUUCCUGCUCAGCAGCCCGCCCCUGGCCGCCCUGCACAGCAUGGCAGAAAUGAAGACCCCGCUGUACCCCGCCGCCUACCCCCCGCUGCCCGCCGGCCCCCCCUCCUCCUCGUCCUCCUCGUCCUCCUCGUCGUCGCCCUCCCCGCCUUUGGGCGCCCACAACCCGGGCAGCCUGAAGCCCCCGGCCGCGGGGGGGCUCUCGGCCCUGGGCAGCCCCCCGCAGCAGCUCUCGGCCGCCACCCCACACGGCAUCAACGACAUCCUGAGCCGGCCCUCCAUGCCCGUGGCCUCAGGGGCCGCCCUGCCCUCCGCCUCGCCCUCCGGGUCCUCCUCCUCCUCCUCUUCCUCUUCCACCUCCGCUUCGGCCGCUGCUGCCGCAGCCGCAGCGGCGGCCGCCGCCGCCUCGUCGCCAGCGGGGCUCCUGGCCGGCCUGCCCCGUUUCAGCAGCCUGAGCCCGCCGCCGCCGCCUCCCGGGCUCUACUUCAGCCCCAGCGCCGCGGCCGUGGCCGCCGUGGGUCGGUACCCGAAGCCGCUCGCCGAGCUGCCCGGCCGGACGCCUAUCUUCUGGCCGGGAGUGAUGCAGAGCCCGCCCUGGAGGGACGCCCGCCUGGCCUGCACCCCUCAUCAAGGAUCCAUCUUGUUGGACAAAGACGGGAAGAGGAAACACACGAGACCCACGUUCUCGGGCCAGCAGAUCUUUGCCCUGGAGAAGACUUUCGAACAAACGAAAUACUUGGCGGGGCCCGAGAGGGCUCGCUUGGCCUAUUCAUUGGGGAUGACGGAGAGUCAAGUCAAGGUCUGGUUCCAGAACCGCCGGACCAAGUGGAGGAAGAAGCACGCAGCCGAGAUGGCCACGGCCAAGAAGAAGCAGGACUCGGAGACCGAGCGGCUGAAAGGGGCCUCGGAGAACGAGGAGGAGGACGACGACUACAACAAGCCCCUGGACCCCAACUCGGACGACGAGAAAAUCACGCAGCUGCUGAAGAAGCACAAGUCGAGUGGCGGCGGCGGCGGCGGCGGGCUCCUGUUGCACGCGUCCGAGACCGAGGGCUCGUCCUGAGCGCCCGCCGCCCGCGCGCCCGCCGGCCCCGCGUCUCCCGCCUGCCGGGGCCCCGCGCUUUUCUAAGAUGUACAUAUCUAUUUUUGUAACCUACGAGCGGAGCGGGGGCAGGGGACAGAGACUUCGGAGGAUGACGAGACGUGGCAGACAAGACCACGAAUUGCACCGAACUGAUGCUGCAGGGGGCCACCCUCCGGCCCCGCUCGGUGUCCCAGCCGUGUCUCCCUCCCCGUGUACCCCCCUCCUUCUGCGCCUCCCCCACCCCCACUUUUGCCUGGAGACCGGCCGGGGCGGGGAGCGCGGAGACCCGGUCUGGACCCUCCGACACCCACCGCGCAGGGGACCUCGGAGCCACCGACGGGAAGAGGGACACGUCUCCCCCGCAAACUGCUGUGCCGACUAAAGUAACCUGUUGAAGGCUCUUUGUAAAUAAAUCGUGAGUCACACUGACUAGAAGUUACUUUAUUGUGAAUAUUUAAAAUGUAAGAUGCUUUCUUUUUGGAAUUUGGUAUAAAAAGAUGGACCUCCUUCUCCCGGCUCUCCUCCCGCUUUUAAGAGCAAUUCAAACCACACGGUUCCCCUUUUAUUUUGAAAUUAAUUGGAGAAGCGUAGACAAGAAUGUUCUCACUCUCCCUCCCCUCUCGCGCCCCUCCCGGGUCUGGAUUUGUUCAGUCUCUUUCCCCACUACAUUCUCUCUGGCUCUUCCCCGACGACCCCUGGCCCCAAGCCGGGUUUUCCCCGUCCAGGACUUGAAGUAGUAGUCGUGGAACCAGGGAAGGCCCUCAGGUUGGCCCCCCAACCAGCCUCUUUGUCCCCCUCUGAAAUUGCACAGUCGUUUGUUGCUAUUUAUUAGUGAUUUAAAGAAAGUGUUGGGGAGGGAUGGGGCUACCAUAGCUUGUAUUUAAUUUAACUCCUUUCGGAUAAAAAUGCGUGUUAAAGUAGAUGGUGGGAAUUGUUACAGCCGCUCUGGGUCAGAAACAGAAAAGUCCAUUUAGUUGCUGUAAUUGAAUUUGAAGUGUUUUGUAUCAUAAGAAUACUAUAGACUAUGUAAAUUGUUUUCUUUUUUAAAGCUAAUAACGGUGAUAUAUUAGCAUCUUUAACUUUUAUUAAUUUAUAUAAGGAAUUCGGUUUGUAAAGAGAAGAAAACCCCCUUUGCAAGACCAGUUAAAUGUAAUGCACUUUCUGUUUCAAAGGAUAAAUCAAAUUAAAAAACAGUUUGAAGAA